AUGGCAACGAAUACAGACACUGGCGCAACCAACGCGAUGGAGAGUCUCCGGCAUGGUCUGGUAGUGAUCAAGGCCAAUAGUGGUGUGGCUUGGGAGGUGGGCGUCGGCGCUUGGGUGACGAGCGAGUCGUUUCCGGUCUGGCAUUCGACGGUGAUCGAGGGCUGUCCGCCGAGUGCGGCACAGGUGGACCUGCUACAGAUGCAGGGGAAAGCGAUAGAUGUGUGGGCGAAGGAGGCUGCUGGCGACGGUGCUCUGGCGGUGAUCAAUGGCAUGCAGUCCAACUACUAUCAUGGGUAUCAGUUUGCUGUGGUCGAUGGCAUCGCUCUCCGGCCGCCAAGCUACGCAGACAAGCCGCAGUUCUCACUCGCGCCACAAGAUCUUGUGGCCGGCGACAUGGACCCAUUCUUUUGGGUUUUUGAGACGUGCUCCACACCAGGCCUGGUGCGGGUCGAGGUCGAUGCUGACGCCGGUGGAGUUGUAAGCGAGGUGAGCAGCGGACGUGUGAUUGAGAGCGGGUUGACCGUAAUGCCGCUGGUGGUCGACUCGGCCGACGCGAGCGACGGCAUCCACCAUGUUGAUCCGAGGGCGGAGCGCGUCGGCCCUAACAGUGUCAUGUGGCAGAAGCCGCGGUCUGCUGCGUUUUCUGUCAUCGGCGUCGACAGCAGUGGCCGGGUCGUCACGUUUUGCGUGCUGGAGCCAGUGACAGUAGCCGAGCUCGUCGUGCGACUGCUCGACGCGGGCAUGGAAUCCGCUCUCUGA